ACUAAAAAAAUGUUUGACAAAUACUCUAUUUAGUUUACAAAAUUUGUUAUUCAAAAUCAUAUGGCAAAAAAACCAAGCUUCUCAUACCGUAAUAGACUUUCCUAGAUCACAAGGUGUAGAAUGGUAAAAUAAAAAUAAAAAUUAAUAGUGGCUAGCAAUGACAAUUUUUGAUCUCACUCGCACCACCUGACUUGCUCUGACAUGUUUGGAGUAUGUAUUAUCCGACCCGCAAUAAUACGCGGUGUGUAUGGUAUACUUUUGAACUGUCCUUCCUCGUUCUGCCCCUUUCUAUCAUGAUUUGUAUUAAUAUCUACUUAUAUUUCUCAUCUUUUGAUCAUAUUCUAAAAUCAUAGUUUCAUCUAAAAAAAUUAAAACUUUAUCUUUCAACCAUUAAAAUUCAAUUAUUCAUUCAAUUAUUCAUAAUUCACACGAAUACACACUAUCACUCAAUCUAACUCGCACUUAACGUGGGAUAAAUAUGAGUGCUGAUGUACCAGGCCCGACCCGCCCAUUGCCAUCAGCCCAUCACUAGUAAUGGUCUUUUACAGGUUGUUACACCCAAUUUUAAAAAUAAAAAUAAGGCACGCCACGACGACUCACUACGGCUAGCGUAUUAAAGAAGCACAUCUAGGACGUGGGCGAGAAAAACUGCAACGCAUCCUUUGGCUAGUGUGGGAUCCGAUUGUGAUUGAUGGAAAAUAUGAUGACCUAAGAUGUAAAUAUUCGGCCUUUCUAGACUAGUUUUGUUUGAGUUUCCCUCUCAGAAAAGCAGUUAAAUUCGAAAUGGCGCCUCAACCUCUCUCUCCUCUAGGGUUUUCUUAAUUUUUAUUUUUUGCUUCGAGUUCCAGAUUUCAGAAAGCAACCCAAAAAUUUGUCCGAGUUCCCUUUCUCUUCCUCUCCUCCGUCGAUUGCCCAGUGACUGUUCUUGCCCUUUCGCUCUCGCUAUCUCAGAAUCUGAAUACCCGAUUUCACUUCUUGAUUCCUGCUCCUGCUAGGGUAGAGUGUUGCGGCUCCAGCAAUGGCGGAUCUAACACAAGGCGCCAUCGCCCUUAUUGCCGGAGGCGUUAAUUCGGGGGAACUGCAGCCGACGUUGCAAGUGACGGAGCUGAGGAAGGUCCAGGCGAAACAGCAACAGAAGCAGCAAGGCGACCGGUUCAGGCUUCUGCUGUCCGAUGGUUCGCACUUGCAGCAGGCAAUGCUCGGCACUCAGCUUAAUCCCUUGGUGCAAGAAGGAAAGUUGCGAGCUGGUUCCAUAGUCCACAUGAAACAGUACUCUUGCUCCAUCAUCCAAGAGAGAAUGAUUAUUAUUAUACUUGACUUGGCUGUGGUGAUUGAAGAAUGCCCUCCAAUUGGCCAACCUGUCUCAUUGCAAAAGUCGUCAGGGACACCAAAUACACCAGCCCACCAGCCAACAAAUACUUUCUCAAGCCCUCAACCAUCUGGCAGCAGUGCCCUUCCUGGUCGGGCAGUUUCAAACCUAAAUAUACCUGCCAACUCUGUGCAAUAUCCUAGGGUUAAUCAACCAAACAGUGGUCUUUAUUCUAUGGGUUAUGAUUCCACAAGAAAUGCAGGUGGUUCCACUGUGUCUUCAUUCGGCAUUAAAUCUGACGGUGGUGCUACAUCAGUAGGGUCAUUGCCAUCAGGAAUGCCAUAUGCUAACAAGUCUCCAGGUUUCCGGGAUUCCAGUCAGGAAGGAACUGGGGUUUCUCCGGGUAACAUGUCUAGGCCAGCAUAUCAGCAACCGCCUCCAAUGUACAACAACAGGGGACCAGUGACAAGGAAUGAAGCUCCCGCGAGGAUCAUUCCAAUUACUGCUUUGAAUCCAUACCAGGGAAGGUGGACUAUUAAAGCUAGGGUGACAGCAAAAGCAGAAAUGAGGCACUAUAACAAUACUCGUGGCGACGGGAAAGUAUUUUCUUUUGAUCUUCUUGAUUCUGAUGGAGGUGAAAUUAGAGUGACCUGCUUUAAUGCUGUUGCCGAUCAGUUCUACUCCCAGAUUGAAGUUGGCAGGGUGUAUUUAAUUUCCAAAGGGACCUUAAAACCUGCCCAAAAGAACUUCAAUCACCUUCAUAAUGAUCUAGAGAUUUUCCUGGAGAGUGGCUCAACUGUACAGCAGUGUCAUGAUGAUGACAACUCGAUUCCGAGGCAGCAAUUUCAUUUUCGUCAAAUAAGUGAGAUUGAGGGGAUGGAUAACAACAGUAUUGUGGAUGUAAUAGGCAUGGUAUUCUCCGUUAGUCCAGCAUCCUCGAUAAUGAGAAAAAAUGGCACAGAAACUCGGAAGAGAAGUCUACAGCUGAAAGAUAUGUCUGGCCGUAGUGUUGAAUUGACAUUGUGGGGAAACUUCUGUAAUGCAGAAGGGCAAGAACUGCAAAAUAUGUGUGACUCAGGUCACUUCCCUGUUCUGGCAGUCAAAUCUGGCAGGGUAAAUGACUUUAAUGGCAAGGCUGUGGGUACUAUUUCUACAAGUCAGCUACUUAUCGAGCCUGAUUUUGUGGAGGCUAAUAAUCUGAAACAAUGGUUUGACAAGGAUGGUAAAAAUACACCUUCAAUUUCUAUUUCCAGGGAAAGCUCUGGUGCAGGAAGGACUGAUGCUGUGAAGACUAUCUCUCAAAUCAAAGAUGAGAACCUUGGGACUUCUGAAAAACCAGAUUGGAUUAGUGUCAAUGCAUCUGUGAUAUACAUAAAGGUGGAUAAUUUUUGCUAUACAUCUUGCCCUCUAAUGAUUGGGGACCGACAAUGUAACAAAAAGGUUACAAACAAUGGAGAUGGGAGGUGGCGGUGUGACCGGUGUGAUCAAUCUGUUGAUGAAUGUGAUUAUAGGUACAUACUCUCGCUUCAGAUACAAGAUCACACGGGCUUAACAUGGGUAACUGUUUUCCAGGAAUCAGGUGAGGAGCUUAUGGGAAUAUCCGCUAAAGAUCUUCAUUUUAUGAAGUUUGAGAAACAAGAUGACGAUGGGUUUCUGAAAGUUCUUCGUCAAGUUAUGUUUAACAGAUAUAUAUUCAAGUUGAAAGUGAAAGAAGAAACAUUCAGUGAUGAGCAACGAGUGAAGUCUAGUGUUGUCAAGGCAGAGAGGGUGAACUAUGGAUCCCUAUCCAAAACCCUUCUGCGUUUGAUGGAAAACUUCAAAUCUGGGAACCUGACUGCUCCAGCCCCCAAGGUAGAAAGUAGUUACACAAAUUCUUUGCUGAGUAGUCCUGGAAAGGGGAAUUUUGGAAGUGGGCAAACAGGAUUGAGUUCAAUGGGCUUGCCGGCUAAUCAAGUCAGCCAGCACGGUAACAAAUAUAACUCGAGGUUUCCUACAUCGAAUUCAUCUGGGGGACCUAUCAUAUGUAGCAGCUGUGGAGCCACAGGCCAUACAGCUUCAAAUUGCCCUAGCACCUUUACUAGUCCCCAGCAGCCAGUAGGAGGGGCUUAUGCCAAUAGAACGUUGUAUGGAAUUGAUGCAGGGGGCGGCAGAAGAGGCGGAGGUGGAGACGAAUGCUAUAAGUGUCACCAGUCUGGGCAUUGGGCUAAAGACUGUCCAGGGUCAGGCACUGGUCCUCAAUCAUAUGGUAACAGGUAUGGUGGUGGUUAUUCAAACCAACAGAUUUGGUAAUUUCUGAACCGUCCAAAGCACAAGCCAAGCCAGCUAAGGUAACUAUUAAGUAGUUCAUAGAAAUAGAGGCGCCAAGUUGCUAAUAAGCCGUCAUCCUGUAUAGUUUUGCUGAAUGUAGUUUUCUUUUUGCCUUUGUUAAGUUUGUGUUGUACAGGAUCAGGGGGUCUGAAUGUUGCAAACUACAGCUUCAUUUACUUAUGGAGCUGGGUGUUAUCUUUUUUGGCUUUUUUAUGGUUUGUUUCUUGAUUCUGUUUGCCUGACACAUAAAGAAAUGUAUGGUCUGGUAUUAUAUGGUCCUUUCAUUGUUUGAUCUAUCAGGUUCCUGAUCCUUGAUGAUACUUUGUGCUUAUGGUAACUAAGAAUACCCAUUCAAAUUUCUGGAAUUCUUGCAUUGAUGAUGGUAGAAACCAGGGGCAGGAUCCGGUCACAACCCCCUUAGGGAUUGUGAGUUUCACUUCCCACAUUAGAGCUGCCCAUCUCCCUUCCAAAUCCGACGACUAUCAACACAAAAAGGGUGUUUUGGGAAGUCUUGAGUAACCUUUAAAAUAAAAAGGAAAGAAAAAGUGAUAAUAAAUAUAAUUUCAAUGCUGAAUUGACGGAAUUUAAAAAAAUAGUAAAUGCAUGGGGAAUAUUGGUAUGCGUGAUUUGUGGGAUUUGAUUAGCACUAACCGUAACCGCCCACGAUGGUUCCCCUACCAUUUUCGGAUUCUUCAUCUUUCAGCAGAGGCAACGUAGGUAGCCUAACGGACUGGAAGCAACGUCGGAGCAACUUCUCGUUGACGUCGACAUAAUGGACGAUGAUAAAGAUUUGGGGGGAUCCGACGGGAUUGAUUUAUUUGGCUUCAUCGCGAAUGGCGACAACAUCGCGAACGACGAGGAUUGCGUGCCUCUCUUGGUCGAGUACGCUGAAGAUGACGACGACAUGAGGAAUGCCCCCGGAGGCAAUAAUCGCGAACGACGAGGAUUGUGUGCCUCUCCCAGUCGAGCACGCUGAAGAAGAUGACGACAUGAGGAAUGCUGCCGUAGGCAAUAAUCUCGGUAGGGUUAACUAGUGUGAUUUCGUUGUACUGGUAUUAGGAUUUUUAAUGUUACGACUGAUGGAAAGAGAGAACGAUACCAAUAGUAUGCUUGUGCUAUUAUGUUAGUAUUGGUAGUGGUAGCUUUGUACUGGUACACUUGUAGUGGUAAUUUUGUACUAGUACAAUUAUAUUGGUACGCAUGUAGUGGUAGUUUUGUACUGGUAGGAAAUUGUCAAUUGUGACAGAUGUUUCAUUAUUCUGAUGAGAUUUUCUUACCCGUAGAGUUUUGUAGUGAACCAGUGCUGCUUACUUGUACCACUAUUAUUGAUUCCUACUGGUAAUAAUAUCCAGUAGUGGUACGAACUUCUGGUCUCUAAUCCCUACUAGUAAUAGUUACUGGCACAUAUAAAACUGUUAGGAAAAUUUGCCAAGAGUGGUUUCCGAUCCCCAACUUGUGGUCUCUGAUCCCUACCUUUACUAAUUACCUGUACAGAUACAAUAAUCAAUAGUGGUACUUGUACAUGAACCACUAUUGUUACUGGUACAAUAAUCAUUAGUCGUACUGGUACUAAGAACCAGUAGAGGCUUUUGAUACCAAUACCACAACUAUUACUUGUACCACUAUUAGUACUUGUACCACUACUAGUCACUUUGUGAUUAGAAAAACAAGUUAACUACUAUUGUAACACAACACCAUAUUAACUGAUUCAACAACAAUCCUAGUUUUCAACAACACAUCUGGUUCAAUUUCAAAUUUGGAAUGCAACUAAAAGGCAUACCACUACUAGUUUCACAACGUCUAAAACUUUGUUCUUACUCCAUAAUGAACAUAAACCAAACAC